GCGGACCCAGCUGCCAGCUGCCUCUUUUAAUUCCACACAGCCCUUAGGUCCCUUGCCCUCACCUCUCUGAGGCAGCUACACCCUGCUUUCCCGGCCAUGCGGUGGCUGUGGCCCCUGGCUGUCUCUCUUGCUGUAGCGUUGGCUGUGGGGCUGACUGGGGUCUCUGGGGCUGCCAACUCAUCUUUGGGUGGGCAUAGAGCAAAGGUCCAGGAGCAGCAGAGUCGACCCCGAAGAGGCACCAACGACGAGGGGCCCAAGGAGGUACAACAGUAUGUACCUGAGGAGUGGGCUGAGUACCCCAGGCCCAUCCAUCCUGCUGGCUUGCAGCCCACCAAGACUUUGGUGGCCACUAGCCCCAAUCCAGACAAGGAUGGGGCCACCCCAGAUAGUGGACAAGAGCUGAGGGCCAACUUGACCGGGACACCAAGUCAGAGGCUGCAGAUUCAGAACCCCUUGUAUCCGGUGACUGAGAGCUCCUACAGUGCCUACGCUGUCAUGCUCCUGGCUCUGGUGGUGUUUGCUGUGGGUAUCGUAGGCAAUCUGUCUGUCAUGUGUAUUGUGUGGCACAGCUAUUAUCUGAAGAGUGCAUGGAACUCCAUUCUCGCCAGCCUGGCUCUCUGGGAUUUCCUGGUCCUCUUCUUCUGCCUCCCCAUUGUCAUCUUCAAUGAGAUCACCAAGCAGAGGCUCCUGGGGGAUGUUUCUUGCCGGGCUGUGCCCUUCAUGGAGGUCUCCUCCCUGGGAGUCACAACCUUCAGCCUCUGUGCUCUGGGCAUAGACCGCUUCCACGUGGCCACCAGCACCCUGCCGAAGGUGAGGCCCAUUGAGCGAUGCCAAUCAAUCCUGGCUAAACUGGCUGUCAUCUGGGUGGGCUCCAUGAUGCUGGCCGUUCCUGAACUCCCGCUGUGGCAGUUGGCACAAGAGCCUGCUCCCACCAUGGGGACGAUAGAUUCGUGCAUCAUGAAACCGUCAGCCAACCUACCCGAGUCCAUCUACUCGCUGGUGAUGACCUACCAGAAUGCGCGCAUGUGGUGGUACUUUGGCUGCUACUUCUGUCUGCCCAUCCUCUUCACCGUCACCUGCCAGCUGGUGACAUGGCGGGUGCGGGGCCCGCCGGGCAGGAAGCCCGAGUGUAGGGCAGGCAAGCACGAGCAGUGUGAGAGCCAGCUCAACAGCACUGUGGUGGGCCUGACCGUGGUCUAUGCCUUUUGUACACUCCCUGAGAACGUCUGCAAUAUCGUGGUGGCCUACCUCUCCACCGAGCUCACCCGGCAGACCCUGGACCUCCUGGGCCUCAUCAACCAGUUCUCCGCCUUCUUCAAGGGCGCCAUCACCCCCGUGCUCCUCCUGUGUAUCUGCAGGCCCCUGGGCCAGGCCUUCCUGGAUUGCUGCUGUUGCUGCUGCUGUGAGGAGUGCGGCGGGGCCUCAGACUCUUCAGUGACAGGCGGCGCGGACAGCAAGCUUAAGACCGAAGUGUCUUCCUCCAUUUAUUUCCAUAAGCCCAGGGAGUCACCCCCACUCCUGCCCCUGGGCACACCUUGCUGAGUCUAGGGGGGGAUGGGAGCAGGUGGGGAGGGGUGCCAUCCCACUCAAGACGGUCUGCUGGUUCUUUCUUACAGGUCUCACUUCGACUUCUCAUCCUGCCGUGUAGAGACGGACUUGGUUCACUGAGUCAGAGUUGGGCUUGUCAAAGCACCAUGGGAAGACAGUGACAAUCUUACGCUCGGAGGGACCUGUCAGCCUUGUCCCUCCCACUUGUAGGUGGAGAUCUCUCUAG